UGCAUAUGUACAAAUGGUAAAUCAUUUUGUUCUUAUUUACAGGAAACACCAUGAUGAACUUCCUGGAAAACCUUGGUUUGGCUAAAUACUACGAAAAAAAGCUCACUUUGCAAACAGUUCUGCAGAUUAACACGAACAGUAGUACAGAUGUGCCCAUCCAGUCUCUUUCAGAUCUGCCUUGGUUAUUCUUAAAGAGACUGAUGAUGCUACAGACAACAGCAAGGAAUGUUAAGUGUAUCUCAUCAAAUGAAGCAACAGAUUCUGAUUGGGAUGAUGAACAGGAUACUGCUGAAUCAAAUUCAGUAAAUCCUUUAGACAUUAUGACUGCUGUAUUUCUUUGCUGUGACAGUUUUCUUCAGCAGGAAUUGGCAGUGAAAAUGUCCAUGUGCCAGUUUGGUCCUCUGCUGCUCCCAAACUAUGAUAAAAACCAAAUCACUCUUAUGCUUUGGGCAAUGAGAGAUAUUGUGAAAAAAUACAGACCACACUCUUUUUCAGGUUCCAAUAGAUUUGUCGAGGAAAGUAUUGCUCUGUCAGUUCUACCAUUAUUCUCUUUUGUAAGACUUGGUAGGUGCAGCAUUUCCAAAUCAGAAAUUCUGAAUAAGUUGCUCAGCAAUCCACAACAGUACACUGACACCUUUGUGCACUUCAACAUGGAUUGUGGAAACAUUGAAAAGAAAAUAUCAGAUGGAUUGGUUGAGAUGGCCUGGUAUCUUCCGUGUGGAAACAAGAACAUUGAUAUCUUUCCUAAACCUGUAGCGAUUGCAAACUUGAGAGGUGACAUUCAGAAAUUUGCAGCACAGUACUCCUUCCUUUGUAGAGCUUCAGCUGCUGUGUUUGUGUUCUUUGAAUCCCAACUUUUAGACUCAGAGUUGGUUAAGAAAUCUACACCUCAGCUAUUUUUUGUAGGGAACACAAACGAUGAGAGUAUAAGAGCUGCAGCCAUUAAGCUCAAUCUAAACAAAGAAAAUUUCAUUUUUAAAUCUAAGCAAAAUGAUGCAAACUUUGUUGAGAAAAUACGAAUCAAGUUGGAUGCAAUUGAGAACAACACUCACAAAACGUCAGUUGUUCAUUUAGCUGAGAUUGCACGCAAUCAAAAAAUCUUUGUGGAUGAGGAUGCUGAAGUAUGCCAACGUGCCAAAGCAAGUGCCGAUGAAAUUACAUCAAAUAUUAAUGAUAUAGUCCGGUUCAAAAAGGAAGAGCUACCAUUGCAAGGAGAAAUCUUGAAGAGACUGGCCAAGUUAGAGAAAGAGGAAUGCCGACUAAAGAAUGUGGGGCAUAACAAUAUUGAAGAAUACAAGAGUGGUCUUCAGGUGCAGCAAAAGAUGCUCAGACAAGAGCAAUUCAGAAUAAACAUGUCAGCUACUAUGAGCUGCUUUAUCAAAGCUAUAUCAACACCGACACUAGAAAGGGCCUACUUCUUAAAAUGGUUGAGAAUCAAUUUGGAGAAUCACUCACAUAAGGUGCUGCCUCAACUCAGAGAACUAUACAAACAGAAAUGUCAAGAUCUUUGUGGGAACAAGAAUGAAAUUGCUAAGCUUGAUAAAAGGAUUUCCGACAGUUCUUUGGGAGUGGAGCACUUCAUUCGAGAGAUGAGCCAGCUUUACGAAGCUGCAGACUCACUCUCAGAAGAUGCACCUUGCCGAAAACAACUGAAACAUUUACCUAGACUCUGUGCUCAUCUACUGCUGGAUGGAUAUUCAAUUGAACUUGUGGAUGGAGAUUCUUCAAAUAUUCCUGUAAAGUGGCUUUCUAGUGUGUUUUCUGAAUUAAACACACUAGUGAAAUCAAAAAACAAGAUUAUGGUAGUCACCGCUUUGGGUGUCCAGAGUUCAGGAAAGUCAACGCUAAUGAACACUAUGUUUGGAGUUCAGUUUGCAGUGAGCAGUGGACGGUGCACCAGGGGAGCCUUUAUGCAGCUUAUCAAAGUUUCAGAAGAAUGUAAAGCAGAACUCAGAGUUGACUAUAUAAUCAUAAUUGACACCGAGGGACUAAAAUCCCCUGAGCUAACUCAACUGGACAACAGCUAUGAACAUGACAAUGAGUUGGCAACCAUUGUUGUUGGGCUGAGUGAUAUAACAAUUGUCAACAUUGCAAUGGAAAACUCCACAGAGAUGAAAGACAUUUUACAGAUUAUUGUUCAUGCCUUCCUCAGGAUGGAGGAAAUAGGUAAGAAAUACACGUGUUUGUUUGUACACCAGAAUGUUGCUGAUGUCUCAGCUCAUGAUUCAAACAUGAGAGAGCGAAAACUUCUGUUGGAACAACUGGAUAAAAUGACACAAGCUGCAGCCAAAAUGGAGAACAAAUUGGAGUUCAAGAAAUUUACAGAUGUUAUUAGCUAUGACACUAGGACGGGUGACCACUACAUCCCUGGAUUAUGGCAUGGAAACCCCCCAAUGGCACCAGUAAGCACUGGCUAUAGUGAGUCUGUGUAUACUCUCAAAAAGCACAUAAUGGAGGUCUUCAGAUGCUACAAUCCCAGCAACAUAAAUGAGUUUCUUAAAUGGACUGAAAACUUGUGGACUGCUGUGAAAUUUGAGAAAUUCAUCUUUAGCUUCAAAAAUAGCCUGGUGGCUGAUGCUUACAUCAAACUGUGCACAGAGUAUAACACGUGGGACUGGACACUGAGAAAGCAAAUGCACACUUGGGCAUCAGAAGCUAAAACAAAAAUCUUAAACUAUGGAAAAUUUGAAAACUCAGAGAAUUGCACCAUUGAAGAUGUCCGAUGUCAUUUACUAAAAAAAGCAGAUGUUGAGCUUUCAAAAGGACAAGAUGAAAUUGUUAACAAGAUCAGAUCAUACUACAAGCAAGGAGAAGGUCAUGUUGAACUUGUGGAAAGUUAUCGACAAGAAUUUAUCAAUUCUGCCAAGCAUUUGAAGACAGAACUUUUGAAUUCCAUCACUAGAAAACUGGAUGAUGCUGUUUCAUGUCGAAAUGGAAUGAUUAAGGUAGAAGGAAUUAAGAAGACAUACAUGGAUAAGAUGGAGAAAAAAGUGCUAAAUUUACUUAAAGACUGUCGCAAGAAAAAUUUAGACAUGUCAGACUACACGCUAGAUAAAGCAUUUGAAAAUAUGUGGCAGGAGACUGUCAGGACAUUGUCGUACACAGGGCUUCAAUCACAUGAUAUCAUGACAAGAGUUCUUCAUCAACUAAGGACAAAUCUUCUCAAGAGGAGUUCUGUGGCUCAAAGCUUAGACAAAGUGAAGAAUUUAAACAAUUAUGGCGACAAAGAUUUUGAAGCAUACAAAGACAAAAACAUUUUCUCCAAAUGGAUUUUUCAAAAUCAAAUCAAGAUUGCUCAAGAGAUGUCAGGUGACCUUAUCAGGGACUGUUGGAAAUUUGUAAGUGCAAAGCAGAAAAGUACAGAUGAUUAUGAUGACACAUACAUCAGGGAAAUUCUUAACAUGAUUGAUGAGAAACUUAAGGCUCAUAAAGACCUUAACUUGACAGAAGAUUUUGAACUGUCCCUUAAACUGCACAUAUGUGGAUUUGCAAGCAGAGAAUUUCAAAAGAUCCACGAUCAAUUCAUCCAGGACAAUAACCCGCGCACCACUUUGGAAAUGGCCAAACAAACAUACCGCUGUAAAUUCAUAGACCUUUACCGUGAAAGAGACCAAUGUCAAAAUACAUCUGAUGAAUUCAUGAGAAAAUGCCUAGAACCUGCCUUUAAACAAUAUUUUUCUGAGACGUUGGGCAUGGAAAUGGCAGACAGGAUGGUGAGGGGUGAAAACUCAGCAAUAUUUGCAACAAGGAUAACAUUUCAGACUUCAAUCCUAAAAUAUCUUCUUGAUGAAUUUAAAUUUGAAACAUAUUUGCAAUUCAUCGACUCAUAUGAAAGUUCUGUUAAAACCUUCAUUCUUGGCAAAGUGAAAAAUCACUUUUUACUAGAGAACAGAAUUGUCAGUUUAGAGAAAGAGCUUGUCAAAACGUCAUCGGUGAAAUUACCCAAGCAAUUGAAGAGGCAGAACAAGCGAAACAUAAACGACAUCAAGGAAUUCAUCCAAGAUAUUUGCAGGAAUCUUCAAAAAAGACUUGUUAUUCCCGAAGAUGCAGUGGACAAAAUCAGACGGCUAAACAAUGCAAAUCCCUCAAAAUUUGCUGAAUGCCUUCAGUGUUCUGUGAAGGACAUGUAUAAAUUACUAAAAAGGUCUUUUUCUGAAACUGACUUACAAAACAAAAUAGACGGUCUUCACAUCAAACCACAGGAUGUGCUGUUCAGACGGGUCCAUGGCUGUGGGAAACAGUGUCCAUUCUGUAAAGCACCAUGUGAAGCUGGAGCAGAAACUCACGCUAAACACUUUGCCUUAAUCCAUAGACCAGAAGGUCUCGGCCGCUAUAGAUCUGAAGAAUCUAAAAAACUAGUGACAGACAUCUGUACAUCGUUGGUGCACAGUGAUCAAAGGUUUAAAUGCCAUGAUACCAAUGAUCAGUGGCAUCCAUAUAAGGAAUACAGCAAAAUCUAUCCAGACUGGCGUAUUGAUCCAGACUCCAGCAUAGAGGCCUCAACAUACUGGAAAUAUGUGAUGGCUCAAUUCAAUGAUGAAUUUGCUAAGGAGUACAACUCAAAGCCUGGAGAUAUACCAUCCUGGCAUGAAAUCAGCAAGGACAUUGCAGAGAAAAGCAUAGUGCAAACAUAAAACCAGAACCCUGUUUAAAUUAGUUUAAUGCAUAAUGGUAAGAAACCAUUACGCUGAGAUCUCAAUGGGUAGUUAAA